AUGCUCGUUGCACGCAAGCUACCACGUCUUGGGGCAGAGAAAAACACAGCAUCUGCAUCAGAAAGAGCUCCCAGUGGCCGCCGUUCUCGUGCAGCCCAAGUCGAAGAUGUCGACGACGACAUGGAUCAGCCGAGAUCAACCCCACCCUUGAAUCCGAACCACGUUCUGGAGGCUGCUGAUGGCAGCAAUGAUGACAUCGAAAUCGUCGAUGAUCAUGACCUUCCUGGUUUGGAGGAGGUUGACGACAGCGAUGACGAAGGCAACGAUGACGACGAAGGUGAAGAACCUGAGGAAAGUGCGGAAGCCGAGCUCGACCGCCUCCAGAAAGAGUGGACCUCACCGAUUUAUGUCUUCUUCGAGAACACCCCAUCGAUUGAAUACAUCAAUGACCGUCGUGUUCAUGUCUUCAAAUGCGCUGCAAAACGCUGCCGUGGAAAGAACGGCCGCCACGUUCGUCGCUAUUUGGACACUGGCGACGCGAAGUCCACUAGCAACCUCCGAAAGCAUGCAAAGACUUGUUGGGGCGAGGAAGCCGUAGCCGCCGCUGACAAGACGAAGGAUGUGAAUGCUGCCCGUGCCACCCUAUCGACAAUGAAGGACCUGAAUGGAUCGAUUACAGCAGCGUUUGAGCGUGUCGCAAAGGGCGAAGUCACUUACAGUCACCGAGAGAGAAAAUAUUUGUUAGAAAUCAUGUUUAAUAGAGACCACUGA